AUGGCUGUUGAACCCACGUACCCUAUGCGGAAGCUCCGUACGGACGUGAAUCAGGCCUAUUUUCCAGGUAAAGUGUGCCGUUCGACGUCUCGAGACGUGAAUCUUCGAGCCAUGGUCGGCAACACACUCAUCAUGACGCUCAAAGUGCUGGCGUAA